AUGCAGAAGAUGGAUCCGUUGGGCACCGCUCUCCUUGUCCCGGCCAUGGUCAGCCUGCUUCUGGCCCUCCAAUGGGGCGGGACAAAGUACAACUGGUCGGACGGGCGGGUCUGGGGCUGCCUGGUCUGUUCGGCCGUUCUCACGGGCGCCUUCGUCGUCUCAUUGCGGUUCAACGGCGAUGACGCCAUGAUCCCUCCCCGUCUUCUCCGCGAUCGCGCGGUCGUGGGCGGCAUGCUGCUAAUAACUUGGCUUUCGGCGGCCAUGUUCACCCACGUCUUCUUCCUGCCAUUCUACUUCCAAGUCGUCCAGGGCAUGAGCGCCACGGCCUCGGGCCUACGCACCCUCGCCUAUGUUGGGGCUAUGGCCUUGGCCGGGGUGGGCGCCGGCGGCGCCAUGUCUUCCCGGAGCAGCGACGGCGGUGUCGGCUUGUCAGACCAUAGGCCGUACGCCUGGGUCGGCGCCGGCCUCUUUGUCAUCGGAGCGGGCUUGAUGCACAUGCUGACCGUCAGCUCAGGAUUGGGCAUGGUGGUGGGCUUUCAGUUGCUGUCAGGUGCCGCGCUGGGUGUCGUCUGGCAGGUUCCCUAUGUCGCCGUUCAGCGGUCAGAGAAAAUCGGCAAACGACAGGAUGACCGUGCCAUCGCGAACGCGCUCAUUGCCUUCUCUAACUCCCUGGGUGCGGCCUUAGGCAUCUCUAUCGCGCAGACCAUAUUUGCAACAACACUCGCUAAGGGGCUUGCGGGCCUCCCGGGGUUAGAUCCUAGCCAUGCGGAUGCUCUGGCAAAGGCCGGCCAGGCUGCCCAACUGGGUUCUCUUUCCCCAGAGCUUCUCGCUGCUGUGUUGCAAAUCUUUAACCACGCCAUUACAUCCACCUUUAAUUUUGCUGCGACUGCUGCAGGAGUUGCCUUCUUAUGUUGUUUCAUAUUCCCUUAG